ACAUGGGGAUUCCGUGCGUCGCGUCAGAAAUCACGGGCUCCCUUUGCUUGCUUGCUCGCUCGCAUCCAGCUAGCAUGCAAGUUCAGCUCUAGAAGGAAAGAGAGAGAGAGAGAUUUAGGCUACGCGGCUGGUUGGUUCUUGAAUGGAACCGCGUUCGGUUAUCGACUUAGUAUAAAGACAGUGUUGUUUUCGCUCUGAUGUUCACUUAAUUCUUGAGAUUAUUCUCUUGCCUGUCUCUUGCUGUUCAUGCCGGGCUUAUAAAUGCGUCUACCUUUCGGUUACUACUACUAAAUACAGAAGAGCCCGCGUCAAGGCCUCUCCUUCUGUGACCACCUUCGUCUUUCUUCCAUCUCGAUUCUCUUGUCGUCGUCGUUUCUUGCACUAGAAGAGUCGUCCUCUUCGACCCAUUUUCCCGUUUCGGAUCGCCAGGUGCGCUAUUGAGAUGAAGUUGAAGAUGGGUUAUUACAGAUGGCAAGCUCUUGCCGUCGUCCUCGUACUGGGCAUGGGUGCCGUAACCGCCGAGGAUCCGUACAGGUUCUUCGACUGGAACGUUACGUACGGCGACAUAUACCCCCUCGGCGUACGCCAACAGGGGAUUCUGAUAAACGGGCAGUUCCCAGGGCCUGACAUAUACUCGGUCACCAACGACAAUCUCAUCAUCAACGUGCACAACAGCUUGCCCGAGCCUUUUCUCUUAACAUGGAAUGGAGUCCAGCAGAGGAGGAACUCGUACGAAGACGGAGUGCAGGGAACGACAUGCCCGAUCCCACCAGGGAAGAACUUCACCUACAUUUUGCAGGUGAAGGACCAAAUCGGCAGCUUCUUUUACUCCCCGUCUCUGGCCUUCCACAAGGCGGCCGGCGGCUUCGGAGGCAUCAGGAUUCUCAGCAGGCCGCUGAUCCCCGUCCCAUUUGAUAACCCCGCCGACGAUUACACCGUCCUCAUCGGAGAUUGGUACAAGGCUAAUCACACGAAAUUGAAGGCCAUUUUGGAUGGUGGCCAUAGACUUCCUUUCCCUGAUGGCAUUCUCAUCAAUGGCCGUGGAUCCAACGGUGCUUCCUUCAAGGUUGAGCAAGGAAAGACGUAUAGGUUGCGAAUAUCGAACGUGGGACUCCAGAACACGUUAAACUUCCGGAUCCAAGGGCACAAGAUGAAGCUGGUGGAGGUGGAGGGCACCCACACCGUGCAGACCACGUACACCUCCCUGGACGUCCACGUCGGCCAGUCUUACUCCGUCCUCGUCACCGCAGACCAAACGCCCCAGGACUACUACAUCGCUGUCUCGACCCGGUUCACGACCAAGGUCCUCACCUCCACUGCCGUCCUCCACUACGCCAACUCGGCCCGCCCCGUGUCGGGGCCCGUCCCCGGCGGGCCCACCUCCGAAAUCGACUGGUCUAUCAACCAGGCCCGUUCCAUUAGGACGAAUCUGACGGCGAGUGGACCGCGGCCGAACCCACAAGGCUCUUACCACUAUGGACUGAUAAACAUCACCAGGACCAUCAAGCUGGUGAGCUCAGCUGGUCUGAUCAAUGGCAAGCAGAGAUACGCAGUCAACAGCGUGUCUUAUGUCCCCGCUGACACGCCUCUCAAGCUGGCUGACUACUUCAACAUCAGCGGUGUCUUCAGGGUCGGAAGCAUCUCGGACAGUCCAAUCGCCAGGAAAAUGCAUCUUGAUACAUCGGUGAUGGGCGCGGACUAUAGAGCCUUCAUCGAAGUUGUCUUUGAGAAUCGUGAGAGCAUUGUCCAGAGUUGGCAUCUUAAUGGCUAUGCUUUCUGGGUUGUUGGAAUGGAUGGUGGACUAUGGACACCGGAGCGUCGCAACGAAUACAAUCUCCGGGAUGCAAUUUCACGCUGCACCACACAGGUCUAUCCCAAAUCCUGGACAGCAAUCUACAUAGCACUCGAUAACGUGGGGAUGUGGAACAUGAGGACGGAGUAUUGGGCACGGCAAUACCUCGGGCAGCAAUUCUACUUGCGAGUCCACACGCCGUCCACGUCCAUAAGGGACGAGUACCCGAUUCCGAAGAACGCGCUUCUCUGUGGCAGGGCUCAAGGCAAAAUCACAAGGCCUCUAUGAGCAAGGAUGCCGCACGAGGAUGAAGAAUAUGUAUCUAUUUGAUGUUUACAUCGAAUGACCCUGACUCGGGAUUCAAUUCUUUGUUUGAAAACUGAAUUUCUUUCACAA